UACUUAUGCAAAAUUAAAAUAAUCAUAUUAGCUAAUUGAACCUCGUUCAUCUUGCAAUUAGGAAUGGACAAGGAGGGACCUCAAACAGUACAGGACAUGGAGGGGCCUCAAAUUGAGUCUGAUGUUCUGAAUGUGGAGGCAACAGCUUCCCAACCUCAACCAGAUCCGCCUCAAGGCCCUCAACCUGAUGUUGUUCAUGUUGUUGCUGAAGCCCCACCUGCAACUGAUGAGAAAGAGAAGCGCAAGGGUCCUACGUCUGGUAUGGUGUUCUCACAGUGGUGGAAACAUUAUAAUAAGUUAACAGUUGAUGGCAAACCAAAAGCAGAGUGCAAAUAUUGUAAGAAGAAGCUUGUUGGAGAGCCAUCCCAAGGAACACUCAUUUGAAGAAUCAUUAUCACCGAUGUCCUAAAGUGAAGCGGUCUGGAGAUAUAAAACAACAACUCUUGCAAGGAAAUUUGAAUAAGGACAAAUUCCAGUU